AUGGCGGAUACCAAUGCCACUGGCAAUGACGUCGAAAAUCUUAAUGACAACAGCAACAACAAUGACACUAAUAGUAGCAAUGACAAUAACAAUAGUAAUGGCAAUGGUGAUGGUGAUGACAACAGUAAUGACAAUGGUAGUGGCAGAAAUGAGGAUAGUGGUGGCAACAGUAAUCAUAGUGUCAAUAGCAACGACAAUAACAAUGUCAAUGACAAUGACAACGACAAUGGCAACCGGAAUGGGAAUGACAAUGAAGCGGACAAUGUCACUAACAAUGGAAAUAGCGAUGGCGGUGGGAGUGGGAAUGGGAAUGUCAAUGACCAUGACAACCUUACUCACGAACAAAGUACCGAUGUGGACGAUGAUCCUAAGAAAAAAUCUUGUGUAUGUUUGAGAUCAGAUUUCUUCCCAGAAGAAUCAUUCAAGAGCUGGUCAAACUAUGGCAAAGCCUUACUAGAAACACGAGCCCGUUUGAAAGAACGUCUGUUAGCCCGUUCCUCAGAUGACAAUGAGAUCCAUGGAAUGUGUGCUCGAAGUCAAAACCAGAUGAAACGGACCCUCAAUUGGUUUGACCUCAUCUGGUUUGGUGUUGGAGCUGUGAUGGGUGCUGGAGUUUUUGUCCUUACAGGAGAAGCUGCUCAUGAUUUGGCUGGUCCAGCUGUUCUCCUAUCCUACCUAAUCUCCGGUUGUGCUGCUUUGCUCUCUGUCAUCUGCUACACCGAGUUUGCAGUUGAGCUUCCUGUAGCAGGAGGCUCGUUUGCAUAUCUAAGAGUUGAGCUUGGUGACUUUGUUGCUUAUAUUGCAGCUGGAAACAUCUUAUUUGAGUAUGUUGUAGCUGGAGCUAGUGUAUCGCGUUCUUGGACUUCUUAUUUUGCAACUUUAUGCAACUAUAAGCCUAAUGAUUUUCGUAUACAUGUCCCUUCAAUGGGAAAGGGUUUCGACUAUUUAGACCCAAUGGCUGCAGCGGUAUCUACCAUCAUUUGUAUCAUUGCAUCUUUCAGUGUCAAAGGAUCAUCAAGGUUUAAUUCUGUAGCAACCAUAAUCCACAUUGGUGUCCUUCUUUUCAUACUUAUAGCAGGAGCAACAAAGGCUGAUCCAGCCAAUUUUGAUCCUUUUGCGCCUUUCGGUAUUCGGGGUAUUUUUAAAGCAUCAUCUGUUCUUUUCUUUGCAUAUGUUGGGUUUGAUGGAGUGGCAACAUUGGGAGAAGAAACCAAGAAACCGGGGAGAGAUAUACCAAUCGGCUUAGUUGGAUCUAUGUUGAUUGUUAUCACCACUUACUCACUUCUUGCCACUGUAAUUUGCCUAAUGCAACCCUACAAUCAAAUCGAUGUCGAUGCUCCGUUCACUAUUGCAUUUGAAGUUGUGGGAAUGAAUUGGGCAAAGAUUUUAGUCGGGUUAGGCGCGUUAAAAGGAAUGACUACUGUUCUUCUGGCAACUAUCAUAGCAGAAUCCCGGUAUUUCACUCAUAUAGCUAGGACCCACAUGGCCCCACCCAUUCUUGCUGUGAUUCACAAAAAGCUAGGGACACCAGUGAAUGCUGCAAUUAUCAUGACUGCUGCAAACUGCCUUGUCGCGUUUUUCACAAGCCUUGAUGUGUUGGCAAGUCUUCUUUCAAUUUCUACCUUAUUCAUUUUCUCGUUGGUGGCAAUCGGGCUGUUAGUGAGACGAUAUUACUCAACAGGGGUGACAUCUGAUGAAGAUAGAAACAAGCUGAUUGUGUUGUUGAUGCUGAUUGUGAGUUCUGCUACUGGGAUUGCAUUGCUUUGGGCGUGGGGAGUGAAUAGUUUGGGGGUGUAUCUUAUUGUUGUGGGAGUUUGGUUUUGUUCAACAUUGGGUAUCCGAUUGAUGGUGAAGCAAGCGAGGAGCCCAAAGCUAUGGGGGGCUCCAAUGGUACCAUGGCUGCCAUCAGGUAGCAUUGCAUUGAACUUGUUCAUGAUGGGGUCAAUAGAUGGAGCUUCUUUCUUGAGGUUCAUGGUGUGGACAAUGGUCUUGCUUGCAUAUUAUUUUCUAGUGGGAUUGCAUGCCACCUACGACGCAUCAAAAGAGAGUAUCAAGAUGCAGGAUGAUGACAGUGAAGUUGAAAGAGGAAAUGCUGGAAGUAGAGCAUCAACAAAUUCUGAAGUUGUAGAACUCAACACAAUAACAACCAGCCACACCUGA